GGGAUUAAAUCUAAAAGUCAGUUGAUACCGCAUUUGUAAAUAAACAAGAUUUCUGUCAAAAUUGUUCAAACUUUAUAGUGAAAAUCAGGAGUAUAUAGUGGAAAAUAUAAAACGUCCUGAGAAUCAACAAAAUAUGGUCAUCUUUUUGUAACAAUUCUACGGAAAAUUGUCUUUGCAAAAAGACUUUGUGAUCAAUUAUCGCAUUGACCAUGGAUUUUAUAAAAGUACUCGAAGUACUAACAGAAGAAUACAAAAAUCAAAAUGAAAAAAAGGACCCAGGAGAAAUACUAGAAAAGGCAUUUUCCUCUUUGUCAGAAGAUGUUCAAACACACAUCAAGGAUGAAAUUCGAGAAGGAAAUGAAAAUAUUAAGAUAUCACAAGAAUAUCUUUAUACGAUUUUGUUUAUAUUAAAAGACUUACAAAAAAGGGAUCUAACAUUUGAAGAAAAUUUACUCAGCGUGAGUCAAUAUCAAACUAUUAAAAAAUCGAUUGGCAUCGCCGCAGCGAUUGGAAUUGCUCCUUGUUUAUUACCUGGAAUAGGAAUUAAAAGUACAUAUACCCAUUCCGUAUUUCCUCCAUUUAGUCAAGAAACAUUAACAAUUAUGCAGAAAUAUGAGCGAUUAUCCGAUACAUCUAGAGUAUUUUUUGACUCUUUUUAUAAUCUCUCACUACGACCAGUAUUUCUUCCUCAUCUUGGAUCACUAUUCGCAGGAUUGUUGCAAUUGUCUUUUGCCCCAUUAAAAAAACCUGAACCUGAUGGUAAUCCUAAUAUUUCAGCAUCAAAUUCAGAAUUCAAAAUGACAAGUGAAUUAUACUCUAAAUUAGAAGCCGACCAGGAAGAGUUCCACUCUAAACUGUUGAAAUUAAUCGAAGAAUGUGCGCAGAGCAUUGUUAUGAAGGAACUUAUGAUUUUAAAUGGGACUCAAAAAUCACCGAGGUGGUUGAGAGCACAUUUGAAAACGUUUUUAAUUGAUGGAAUCGUUAAAUUAAAUGGCGUAAUUUCAUUAAUCCAAGCUGUUUGCGAAGAUACUUGUGAAUCUGGUACCAGUUGGGAAAAAUUGGAUGUCGUAGCGAGAUUAAUUGCUGCUUCACGUGGCAAUUCUGAAGAAUAUUACAACUCAGUUUGCUCACAGCUACUUGAAAUUUUGACGUCCAAAAGUUUAAAAUACGGUGUAACAAUCGCAAAUUCUUGCAUUUCUGCUCUCUAUCAGUUCAAUCCAGAAGUUUGCAUCAGAAAAAUAUUUCGUGUCAUUGCAGAACCAUUAUUGAUAAAAUCAAAUAAUGAAGAAUCAUUGAAAACCGAAAAGGAAGUGACAAAUUGUAUAGAAACACUUUCAAAGUGUUUUCUGAGCACUGAAGCGGAAUUCAAAUCUUUGCCUGAUAAACUUUUGUUAGAAAUAUCGAUUCCGUUAUUCCAUUUGCAUGUGAAGGCAGCUAAAAGUAUUUUUGCCCAUCGAGAAAAAAUCAGACAACUAUUGCUUAAGAUCCUCUCAGAUGAAUCAACUAGAGAAAUAAUAUUUUCAGCUUUUCUCGAUCACGAAGUGCAAAAAUCAGAAUCCACGCACUUUGGGAAUAAAUUAUCUUUUGAGUUCGGACCAACAGGUGGAUUCAAAAUUACUGGAAAGGCUGUGAAUUUGGACCACGAAGAACUUGCAGAUUGUAUUUUCGAUUUGGUUCAAUCUGAUGAAACUCUUGCUUCGUCAUUAUUCAAUUACUUGUUAAAGUCCCUCGCGAAAUUUAGAAACGCUACAGAGAAAGGCGACAUUUUGGAAAAUGAGAUCGACACUAUCGAGAGAGUUGGAAAGCAACUUGCAGCUGUUAAACUUCUGUCUAGACUCUCAAGUACCAAAAUUGUUCAAGAUGCUCAGAUCAAAAAUCCUAGAGCACUUUUGUCGUUUGUGAAAUCUCUCUUCGAAGAGACACGUUUGAAAAGGGAAAAAGGAGGAGAAGACUAUGAAGAUGAUGCUUUCGAUAUCUUGUAUGUCAGUUUAAUGUUGGUCAAGGUAAUAUUAUCUGAGAGAGGACAGCCACUGAAUUGGGAACCUUUUGAAGAGUUCAGUAGGUUUUUAGGAAAAGAGAAAAGUUCCGGUUCCAUGCCAGAGCAUGUAAUUAGUCUUGUGAACGAGAUUUUAAAUAUUGUCAGGACUCACUCUACACCUCAAAGAUUUUACGAUUUGUCGGUGGAUUCCAAACGAGAGAGUGAUUUCGAUAAGGCUUUAAAAGAUCUUGCAGAUCCAUUGCUUCCAGUUCGCGCACAUGGAAUUAUUUCCUUGACAAAAUUAGUAGAGGCAUCGAAUCCUGACGUUAUCGCCAAACGAGAUGUCCUCAUUUAUCUGUUUCAAGAAAAUCUCAAGCACGAAGAUUCAUUUAUUUAUUUGGCAGCAGUCAAUGGAGUUUGUGCUUUAGCUAUGCACUUCCCACAAAAAGUUAUCGAGAUUCUUGUUCAAGAAUUUAUAGACAUGCCGCAGAGAUCUGGUUCAGGUGAAAUCACACCUGAGACGAGAGCAAAACUUGGAGAAAUAUUGAUGAAAACAACAAGGUCCUUAGGUGAGAUGGCACCGAAGUAUAAGUCUCUCUUAGUAAAUGCCUUUUUGUGUGGAACGAGAGAUCCUGAUCCUCUUGUACGUUCUUCAAGUCUCUCCUGUCUCGGAGAACUGUGCAAAGUUCUUGGUUUUCGAGUCGGAAAUCUUAUUACAGAGAUUCUUUACUGUAUUGGAUGUAUAAUAAAAACUGACAAAGAAUACCAGUGCAGACGGGCGGGAGUUCUUGUAGCAACUUUGCUACUUCGAGGACUUGGAAAAGAAAUGCUAAAAAGUUUGGGAAGUGAUCUUGUAGUUUUAUAUCGUGGACUCAAACAUUUAAGAGACAGCGAUGAAGAUUCUGUUUUACGUUUACAUGCUCAGUUGGCACUUGAAGAAUUUGAUGAUGUGGUGCAAAAUGUUCUAUUCGCUAAACCGAAACUCGAGAAAACUUUGUUUUUGCUCCGUAAUUGAAGACUUCUACUUAUUAUAAGUAUAAAUUUCAAUAAUAAUAAUAAUUUUUUCUUUGGCAAAGUCUAAACGCCCGGACAGUCCUUUCGUUUAUGUAUUUUUAUAACACGGAAAAAGGCUUGUGCCUGAUUGUAUAUUUCUUUUCUAAUUUCAGACUCUUGAAAUGUUCAAAGGCUGCGAUUUUGUAAAUAAUGUAAAUAAAAUUAUUUUAAUGCCGUAU